AUAUUUAUUUAGCCUACAAGGAUGACAGUUUGUCUGCUAUGAUGAUGAUCUAAAAUAUGUCCGUGGAUAAACGCUCAACAUCCGACCAUUGAUCCAGAUUCCAGACAAUGCAGAUCGUGCUGCAAUCUACACAGACACGGAAUUCAGCGAGACAGGUGCAUUUCACUAAUAAACAUCAGACGGCUCUGGACUGCACAAUGAUCGGAUACCUGUUGAUGCAGCAGUGGGGGCUUCUGCAACGUCUUUCUAUGACAUGAUUCGAAAUGCUUUGAACCCAAAUUGCAGUGUCAAGGGAGAUAAUCUCGUAUUUUAUUGAAUUAGGCUAUAGAGACAGAAUGGGCACAAUAGUUGAGGAGACGUUCUGUCUGUUGAAAUAUCUUUCUACCUGCACCUGCAUGUGAAUGACAGGUUACUACGAGACAGCAUGGACUAUCAGCCUGUCAUAUCUCUCUUGGACUGCCCACUGACACACUCACUCUUAGACCUCAUCCAAUACCUUUUGAAUAACGAUGCUUAUCCGAUUCCUUAGAAUCCCUCGGCCAAAAGUAGGCUGCUCCCUACUCCUUUUAUUUGGCUAAUUCCAUAGGAACCGGUGGAUCCAGUUAUAUUCUACGCUUUCUUUCUUUCUUUCUUUCUUCCUUCCUUUGUUUCUUUCAUUUAGUCUAAAAGCAAGUUAUAUCUUCCCCGACCUCAUUGUUGCUGUAAUAAAUACAAAAUCCAGUAAUACACAGUCUAUAACUGUUGAAGUGCCCAUAUUUUGGCUAAUCAAGGUGUACUUCAUAGAAUAUUAUAGGAUACAUACUGUACAUAAAGGGAAGGUGCGUGCGGGCUGAGGUGAAAAAGUUGACGGGCUAGUUCAGCACAGAGGAAGUAACUACCAAAGCUACUUAUUGAGGAGUGUGCUGCCAUGUUCCUAAACUUUAUUCAGUUUGUAUGCAGGACAGGACCGUGGUAUAUUCAACUGAAGUUUUUAUUUUAGGUGUCCUACUUUUUAAAAAGAGGAUAGUAGACCCUACAUUAUUAAUUGUCUAUCAAAUACAUAUUAGACAACUGGGGGUUUUAAUUUGUAUUUUAGAACGAGGUGCGACUUCCAUUGACGAAGAUCACAGGGGAGACACUGAAAGCUCUCCCCCAACUAUGGAAACAGAGGCAACUGAUGUAUACUCUGCAAGUAAUGGAGACUGCCCUCCCAGGAAGACAGAGAACUCUAGAAUGUUGGUGGACCUGUCGGCAAACACACCCAAUGGACAGCAGCUCCAGCAUCCUAAUUCACCCACUGAAAACACAAUCAAACAGGAAGAUGAGACAGAAGAUGAAGGGGACAGGAGGACCACAGCAGAGGACAUGGGCCAAAGCGGGGAAGAGGGAUCGGGUUUGGAGGAGCCCAUGAUUGACAGCCCAAACAACCUACACGAUGGGGUCCCCGGGUCAGAAGGGUCAUGUGACCCAGGAACUCGGCUGCCAAAUGGUGAUAGGCCAUUCCAGUGUAACCAGUGUGGUGUGUCGUUCACUCAGAAGGGCAACCUGUUGAGACACAUUAAGCUGCACACGGGGGAGAAGCCCUUCAAAUGCCCCUUCUGCAGCUACGCCUGCCGCCGUCGUGAUGCACUCACAGGCCACCUACGCACACACUCAGUGGGCAAACCACACAAGUGCAACUACUGUGGGCGGAGCUACAAACAGAGGAUUUCAUUGGAGGAGCAUAAAGAGCGUUGCCAUAACUACCUUCAGAGUGUUGCCAUGGAUCCCACCUCCAUCACCGGACCUUAUCCAGGUGAGGUCCCUAAAGAGCAGAGGCCCCUGGCCGAGGCUGUUGCCAGGGCAACCUUCGACCGCCCACCAGUCAUCGAGAGACUGCAGAGUAACAUGGGGAAGAGGAAGAGCACCACCCCACAAAAGUUUGUGGGUGAGAAGAUGAUGCGUUACAGUUACCCAGAGCUGAGCUAUGACAUGAGUCUGAAGUAUGAGAAGGAGGCAGAGCUGAUGCAGGCUCACAUGAUGGACCAGGCUAUCAACAACGCCAUCUCUUACCUGGGCUCUGACUCCCUGAGACCCCUGGUCCACCACCCCCAUCCGCACGGUCCACACGGUCCACACCCAUCCCUCUCAAUGGCUGAGGUGGUAAACAUGGGCAACCCCCUCUUCCACCACGUCUACCCCCGGGAACCAGGGCCAGGGCACCGUAUGGACCGACCAAGCAGCCGGGACGCCCCACCUCAUCCUUCACCUCUGCACCCUCCUCUUCCUGACUUUACUCCCUCCUCCAACGGGCCCAUCGCCCUCACCAGACCCAAGCAGCACCAGCUCCAGGGUACCAGAGAGGAGAGAGAGUGUCCUAGCAACAGUGGGCUGGACUCGGCCGAAUCUGCACGGAGCAGCCCACAGGAGAGGCUGGGUUACCACAGGAACCACCGAAACAACCCCCACCCCCGACCCAGGUCCAGGCCCAGCCCAGCCAAUGGUGGGAGAGAGGAGGGGCAAGGUGGGGCUGAGGUGGCUGGGGUGGGGUUGACAGCGGAGAUGGCCCGGGGAGAGACAGCAGAGACGAGUCGGGACGGGGUGCGUGUGUUUGGGCGAGAAGGCCGGGAGGUGAGGGUGUUCCAGUGUGAGCACUGCUGUGUUCUCUUCCUGGACCACGUUAUGUACACCAUCCACAUGGGCUGUCAUGGUUACAGGGACCCACUGGAGUGCAACAUCUGUGGCCAUCACAGUAAGGACCGCUACGAGUUCUCAUCUCACAUCGUCCGCGGGGAACACACCUUCCAGUAGAGGGCUGGACAAGACAGGAGCCGUCCCUCCCCAUCCCCACCCCAGGACUGUGAUGUUGAACUAACUGUGUGUGAUCAAUGCAGCGAACCAAGGCAGAGAAAACUAACUAACAUUUGCUGCAGCAUAAUGAUACUGACUAUAUAAUUCCAAACAAAUAUAUGAAGGUCUGGGCCAAAUACACAUUUUAAUUUUUUAAGGUGUUUUGAAGAUUUUAAAAUUGAGAUAUGCAUCUGAAGUGAGGGAUUUCUUCGUGUGGGAAAAAGAGGACAAAGAACAAGUACACCUAUUCAGUUUUGUUGUGGUCUGUCUCUGAGAUUGUCAAAGAGCAACUAAUACUGUGAGUAGUUAUAUUAUAGUUUUAUAAGUCAUUUCACUGUCCUUGUCUUGCAUACUGUAUUGUUGCACUUGUUUGCUGCAACACAGACUGCCAUGGAAGAGCUUAACUUGUCAAGGGGGCUUUCCCUGACUCCACCACCCAAACCAUUUCAUGCAAUACACAUCUUCUCUGUCUUAUGUCAAAAGCCUUGCUAACUGCAAACUGCUCAGACGUGUUGUCACACCAGCCACAUUAGAGAGGGAGAGAGAGAAGAGCGAGUGAGAGAGAGAGAGAGAGAGAGAGAGAGAGAGAGAGAGAGAACAAGAAAGAGAGAAAGAAAGAAAAUAGAAGAGAAAGAGAGAGAGACUUACUCAGACAUUGAUUUACUUUUCCAGACAUUGUAUACAAAUGUAUUAUUAAAGUUUUGUUCAUUACUCUAGCUAACUAUCUGCUUUCCUUAGAACAGUUCCUUUAACCUUAUCAGUUCCACAACACUUCACAAAGGAAAGGAAAAGCACUGCACUGCAACCUGCCUCCCUAAACCUGUUCUUGCACUAGCAGCCUGAUGCCUUGAGGGAUGUGGAGGAAUGGAUGAGGCACUCCCUGGUUCAAUAGCAACUUCACAUAUCUUUCUCCCAACUUGCCUUUACUCUACUCAUGUGUCUUUAGUGAACAGGGUGCUUUCUGCAGAUUACAUGUCAGUGCAUGUACUCCAUUGUACUCCAGGGUUGGGAUCAAUACCAUUUCAAUUCAGUCAAUGAAAAAAAGCAAUGAGGAAAAUUGGCAUUGGAAUUUGGAAUGUACUUUUUUUGUUGAUAGAAUUAAAAUAGAAUCGAUCCGAACUUUGCUGUACAGUGGAUAUGAAUGAUGUGGAAAGCAUUUAGCCCAAUGCACUUUAAACUGAUACACUGCUACUGUAAAGUAGACAGAAAGCAGUGUGGUUUAGAGUUUACUAAGAGCCUUUUUAGAAGGAUAAUGCCAAUGAAGGAAGAUGGCACUGAUUUAGAUCAAAUAUGAUAAUCUAGGUGCACUUGGACAAAUGUACAUACUGCUCUUUAGAUAACUCAUAUUUUGCUGGCAAAAUAUGUAAUGUCGCUGUUGUUCUGUUUAUUUUGCAGCGUAUACCAUAUUUUGAAUUGACACUGUCUUUUGUCUUGAUAGUCUUUGGCCAUUGGAAUGGCCCUAUGUAUAUGGCCAGGAACAGUUCACUGUUCAAUUCAAACUUCUCCUCUCCUGCCUGGUCUAUGUAACCUUCCUGGUCAAAGUAGCAGCUUAUUUCUGUUUAGAUGACAGCGACGUGGACAAAUGAUAUAUCUACUCAUAGUGCAACAGACAUACGGUACUUCUAUUGCAACAGCUUAUUGUUACUGUAAAGUAUUGGCAAUAGUAUCUGUUUACACUUUUUAGUUGUUGUAGUAUCUCAUAUACUAUUGUACAUUGUACAUUCCCACACUGCAUUAUUCUUAUUAAAUGAGCACCCCUAUUUUUGUAUUUAAUCACUCCUUUAUCUUUGAUAACAUAUAUUUCUAUAGGUGUUCUAAUGCAACGGUAUAGGCCUAUUCUAUGUUAUAAUUGUCUUAAAUCUAUUGUAUGUCUGCCUAUUUUCUUUGUCUAAACAAAUCCACAAACAUAACAGCACGCUAUGAAGCAAGCAUGAUGCAAAGAAAUCAUUUUUAGAGAUGUUUUUUAGAAUAUACAGAACCAGCCAAGGUUUUGACACACCUACACAAUUAAGGGUUUUUCUUUAUUUGUACUAUUUUCUACAUUGUAGAAUAAUAGUGAAGACAUCAAAACUAUGAAAUAACACGUAUGGAAUCAUUUAGUUAAAAAAAGUGUUAAAGAAAUCAAAAUAUAUUUUAUAUUUGUGAUUCUUCAAAGUAGCCACCCUUUGCCUUGAUGACAGCUUUGCACACUCUUGACAUUCUCUCAACCAACUUCAACUGGAAUGCUUUUCCAACAGUCUUGAAGGAGUUCCCACAUAUGCUGAGCACUUGGAUACUUUUCCUUCACUGCGGUCCAACUCAUCCCAAACCAUCUCAAUUGGGUUGAGAUCGGGUGAUUGUGGAGGCCGGGUCAUCUGAUGCAGCACUCCAUCACUCUCCUUCUUGGUCAAAUAUCCCUUAAACAGCGUGGAGGUGUGUUGGGUCAAAAACAAAUGAUAGUCCCACUAAGCACAAACCAGAUGUGAUGGCAUAUCGCUGCAGAAUGCAGAGUGUGCCUUGAAUUCUAAAUAAAUCACCAACAUUGUCACCAGCAAAGCACCCACACACCAUCACACCUCUUCUUCCAUGGGAACCACACAUGUGGAGAUCAUCUGUUCAGAUACUCUGAGUCGGUUGGAACCAAAAAUCUCAAAUUAGGACUCAUCAGACCAAAGGACAGAUUUCCACCGGUCUAAUGUCCAUUGCUCAUGUUUCUUGGCCCUAGCAAGUAUCUUCUUAUUAUUGGUGUCCUUUAGUAGUGGUUUCUUUGGAGCAAUUUGACCAUGAAGGCGUGAUUCACGCAGUCUCCUCUGAACAGUUGAUGUUGAGAUGUGUCUGUUACUUGAACUCUGUGAAGUAUUUAUUUGGGCUGCAAUUUCUGAGGCUGGUAACUCUAAUGAAUGUAUCCUCUGCAACAGAGGUAACUCUGGGUCUUCCUUUCCUGUGGUGGUCCUCAUGAGAGCCUGUUUCAUCAUAGCGCUUGAUGGUUUUUAAGACUGCACUUUAAGAAACUUUCAAAGUUCUUGACAUUUUCUGGAUUGACUGACCUACAUGUCCUAAAGUAAUGAUGUUUUUCUUUGCUCAUUGGAGCUGUUUUUGCCAUACUAUGGACUUGGUCUUUUACCAAAUAGGGCUAUCUUCUGUAUACCACCCUUACCUUGUCACAACAAAACUGAUUGGUUAUCUUCUGUAUUACCACCCCUACCUUGUCACAACACAACUGAUUGGUUAUCUUCUGUAUACCACCCCUACCUUGUCACAACACAACUGAUUGGCCUUUAACACAUUAAGAAGGAAAGACAUUAAAAAAAUAUAUGUUUAACAAGGCAGACCUCUUAUCCUCAUGAAGCUGGCUGAGAUAAUGCCAAGAGUUUGCAAAGCUGUCAUCUAUGCAAAAGGUGGCUAUUUGGAAGAAUCUCAAAUAUCAAAUAUAUGUAGAUUGUUUAACAAUUUCUUGGUUACUACAUGAUUCCAUACGUGUUAUUUCAUAGUUUUGAUGUCUUCACUACUAUUCUACAAUGUAGAAAAUAGUUUUUAAAAAUAAAGAAAAUCCUUCAAUGAGUAGGAGUGUCCAAAUUUCUGACUGGUACUGUAUGAAAAACAUAUGUCAUACCACCUGUAGUAAACAGCACACAAUUGCUUUACUAUCUCUUACAAAAACAUUUAUGCAGAGUAUAAAUAUAACAUACAUUAUAUGUUAUAUUUGUCCCUGUAGAUAAUCUGUUUGUAUUCUGUUUUAUUCUCUCCUUCCAAAAGCAUCGUUGUGUGCAGAAAUUGCUUUGGCAACUCCCCCACUGAGGAAGACAGUGUCAGCACCAAGAUUAGACUUUUGAAGAAGUAUCUAUUUAACAAAAAGUCACUGGGAAGAAAAAAAUACAGAUGAUUGUUUGUGAAUGUGAACGCGAUAGUGUAUAGUUCAAUGUAUUUUUAUUCUUAAAAUGUUCACCUGCAGCUUUUACUGUGUGUAUAUGUAGAGGCCUUAGCUCAAAGUGCUUGUUUUUGGACCUACCGCUGUUGUACGAGACAUUUGACCUCUGUUUGUACAACCUUGUUAAAGAGUGAUAAAUAUAAAGUUGAAGCAUCAUGUGUAAAUAUAUCUGUAGGCUAUAGCCUAUAUAUGAACUUAUAUGAGCCUAUAUGAACACAAAGAAGAAGUGAUAUUAUUGACAGACUCCACACUCCUUGAUGAAGAGCAUACUUGAAGUGGAAUUAGUGACGCUCCUGAUUGUGCUACAUUUUUAUACUUACUAAAAACUGAGCUAGAUUUAUAUUUUCUUGGUAAAUGUAAAAUAUGAAUAGUUUUGUGAAAAUGACAUGCUUUUUUAUUAUUCUUAAGCGCAAACCAACAAAACUGGUAAAAGAGGGUUACUGUGUAUUGUUGUAUACAUAUUAUAUAUGGUGUUUAUUUUGGCACUAUGAAAAUGGGUUAGGAAUGUGCACCUAUAUAUUUGUUGUAAUGAUUAUCAUGUGGGGUACUCAGGUAUUUGUCUUCUAUGUACUUCUACUUUUGUAUUUCUUAAAAUACAUAUUGAAAUACAUAUUUUUUUUAUAAACUACAUUUUUAAAAUAAUCAUUUGGGAUAUUGCUUUCCUUGAUAGGUUCAUCUCUGAAAUUGGUGAAUUUUGUGAUGUUACAAAUGCUACAAAUUAAAAUACCUGAAGAGAAUAUUGAGGUAUUACCAAAACCAAUGUUGCUACUGAAGUUUGCUUCUGAUAUCAUUGAAAUGAAAUGAAGAUACUGUGCUGUAAAUAGCUAAAUAUUUGUUUAUGACAUGAGCUUUCCACUAUUAAAUUAUAGAUUGUUUUGUAUGGAUGUCAAGUGGGAUGAAACAAGUUAUUACCAGUUUGUAUGGUGAAAGAUAACCGCACACAAUCUAUGUAUCCUAACACCUUAACCCAUAAGAGCCUAAGACCCAUGAAGCAUUAAAAAAAUACAAAAACACA